AUGAACAAGCUGUACAUCGGGAAUCUGAACGAGGGCGUUACAGCGGGGGACCUGGAGAGGGUCUUCGCCGACCACAAGAUCGCCUACAGCGGCCAGUUUCUGGUCAAGUCCGGCUACGCGUUUGUGGAUUGUCCCAACGAGCAGUGGGCCAUGCGGGCCAUCGAAACUUUCUCCGGGAAAGUGGAGCUGCAGGGGAAACGUCUGGAGAUUGAACAUUCGGUCCCCAAAAAGCAAAGGAGUCGGAAAAUUCAGAUCCGAAAUAUUCCCCCCCAGCUCCGGUGGGAGGUGCUGGACAGUUUGCUGGCUCAGUACGGGACCGUGGAGAACUGUGAACAAGUGAACACGGAGAGCGAGACAGCUGUAGUCAACGUCACCUAUUCCAACCGGGAACAAACGCGGCAGGCCAUCUCCAAGUUGAACGGCCACCAGCUGGAGAGCCACGCCCUGAAGGUCUCCUACAUCCCCGACGACCAGCCGGCCCAGGGCUCGGAGGGCGGGCGCCGGGGAGGCCUCGGCUCCCGGGGCGGGCCCGGGCGGGGGUCUCCCGGGGCGGCCGGGACCCCGGCAAAGCAGCAGGCGGCCGACGUCCCCCUGCGCCUGCUGGUGCCCACCCAGUACGUGGGCGCCAUCAUUGGCAAGGAAGGGGCCACCAUCCGCAACAUCACCAAGCAGACCCAAUCCAAGAUCGACGUGCACAGGAAGGAGAACUCGGGGGCGGCGGAGAAGGCCAUCAGCAUCCAGUCCAGCCCCGGGGGCUGCUCUUCCGCCUGCAGGAUGAUCCUGGAAAUCAUGCACAAGGAAGCCAAGGACACCAAGACAGCUGACGAGGUGCCCCUGAAGGUCCUGGCACACAACAACUUCGUGGGCCGGCUGAUCGGGAAGGAGGGACGAAACCUGAAAAAGGUGGAGCAGGACACCGAUACCAAGAUCACCAUCUCCUCCCUUCAGGAUCUGACCCUGUACAACCCCGAGAGGACCAUCACGGUCAAGGGCUCCAUCGAGAACUGCAGCAGGGCCGAGCAGGAGAUCAUGAAGAAAGUACGUGAGGCCUAUGAGAACGACGUGGCGGCCAUGAGCCUGCAGUCUCACCUGAUCCCUGGCCUCAACCUGGCUGCCGUCGGCCUCUUCCCAGCCUCCUCCAGCACCGUCCCGCCUCCUCCCAGCGGCGGUUCGGGGGCGGCCCCUUACAGCUCCUUCAUGCAGCCUCCAGAACAAGAGAUGGUGCAGGUGUUCAUCCCGGCUCAGGCCGUGGGUGCCAUCAUCGGCAAGAAGGGGCAGCACAUUAAGCAGCUCUCUCGCUUUGCCAGCGCCUCCAUCAAGAUCGCUCCCCCAGAGACCCCGGACUCCAAAGUGCGUACGGUCAUCAUCUCCGGUCCCCCGGAGGCUCAGUUCAAGGCACAGGGCCGGAUCUACGGCAAGCUCAAGGAGGAGAACUUCUUCAGCCCCAAGGAGGAAGUGAAGCUGGAGACGCACAUUCGGGUCCCAGCCUCCGCGGCCGGACGCGUCAUCGGCAAAGGCGGCAAAACUGUCAAUGAGCUCCAAAACCUGACCGCAGCUGAGGUGGUGGUGCCGAGAGACCAGACGCCCGAUGAGAAUGAACAAGUCAUCGUCAAGAUCAUCGGACACUUCUACGCCAGUCAGAUGGCCCAGCGGAAGAUCCGGGACAUCCUCGCCCAGGCGAAACAGCAGCACCACAAGGGGCAGAGCGGCCAGACCCAAGCCCGGAGGAAAUGAGCCAAGAUUCCCGACCCCCGACCCCCGACCCCGUCCGCCCCAGAAGCGGUGUGGAAGCCAAGCGAGACCUUCCGGGGCCCCAGCGCCAGGCCCUCAGAGAGCGUGGGAACCAGGUUGGGCUAGGUGCCAUUCCGGGCCCAUCCGGCCUGCCCGCUUGUUGAUGUUCCGAUGACAAAAGCUGUCCCCGACCCCUAACCCCGUCCCCUCCCCUUCCCGGUCUGCCCUGCCCCUCAGAGGAGCACCCCCACCCCCCACCCCUCAUCCCCACCCGAGCCAAGACACUCUUAGACAAGGAUUUCCAGCCUCUGCCACUCGCAGCGGGGCCCGAGCUGGGUCUCCCGGAGCCCAGGUCACUCCUGACAGGAACGCGGUGGGAGGGGGAGGUGCCGAACCCUCCGUGUACCAACCGCCUCCCUCGGCACGUGUGCUCUCGUGUGCCCGGUUGUGCGGAGGCACGAGUAUGGGGCCGUGGUCAUGGCUGCUUCCUGUCCCUAGGUGGAUCUCUGUGAUGGAGUUUAAGGGUUGGAUGUGUGUCCCCGGGGAGGACGGUAACACCUAUUGGCCCAGUGUCCACAGCAGCGAGGCCAGUGGCUCCCAGAGGCCCCCAGAAACCCGCCGCGGCCUUCCAGUGGGAUUGGGCUAGAGAGCGGGGGUAAGGAGGGAGGGGCCGGAGGGGGAGAUCUCAGG